AUGUGUGAUAGUUCAUUUCGACUAGGUGAUACUCCACCUGUUCCACCUAAGAAACGUGCCCGUCUAGAUGCAUCGACAUUGAACUCUACUAAUGGCUCAGCCGAUUGUACCUCGUUCUACCCCGAAAAUAUGCAUUUAGUUUCUGUGCUUCGGAAUGACCCUAAGAGUAAGUGUUUAGUGCUCCAUACACGUUUUGGCGACGACAUAAAGGAAGCUAUCGUAACACUUCAAAAGUCAUCAUUUCCUAGCGAUGCUGAAACUUUAAAACGUUGUAAAGUAGUGAAUAAAGUUCUUAUUCCACAUGCUGCACAUGAAACUAAAGACCGCUGCAAUGAACUAGAUGAGAAAACGAAGAUGACAAAUCCAUCUCUUUUCCAGAAUGGCAAGCAAAGUCAAUUAUGA